AUGCGAUCUAUCAUUCAUUUGCGACUGGCGUUCGGCCUAUUGGCCAUUGGCUCUGCUGUCGCAAGCCCUUGCAAGCCUCUCUCAGGCAGAACAACCUCUGGUGCUAUUUCAGUUGCUGUUACUGCAGCUACUUCCACUGAGACCUCAUUGGCCACUUCUGUUGCAUCGACCACUGAAGAUGGAGAAGCCACUUCCUCAACGGUAGUUGGGUCGUCUACCGAAACAUCGGCUUCCUCGGCUGAAACAUCGGGUUCGUCCAUCACCGUUGAGACGUCUGCAGCCUCAGCCACCACGGAAUUCACUACAGAGACUACAACUGCUGAGCCAACCACCACCGUUCUCACCACCAUCGCCGCUGAGACAACCUCAUCCGCAGCCAUUCCUACUUUCACAAUGUUUGCUUCUGGCUCAAACGCCGUCGCAGGCAGAAGUCUCCAAAGUUACAACCGUGGCAGCACCGUCGCCGUAUUCGAUCCCGCCACCGACGACGACAACCCCUCCACUCGACCAUACUCCAUCGACUCUCAAGGCAGGAUCGUAAAUGACCUCGGCUGGUUUCUCUGUGGAUACUAUGGUGCGACGAACGAGGAACUCAACAAGCCUGCGACUGUUGUGACCUGCCAUAGCGAGACUCCCUUGCAGACGGCUUUUCUGACUUGCGAGUUGUCUGGUAGCUUUGGGGUUGAGUGCUCGGUCCCGGCGAUCUCUUGUGUGUCGAGUGGAUCUGCUGAUAUACCUCCGACGUGUGUAGCUGCUACAGGUACUUGGAGCUUGAAUUCUGUCGGUACUCGAGCGUUUGGUCACACCUGGCAGAUUGGCAGUAGUGAUACGCCCGCUAAUUAUGAGCGUAUGACCAUGAGCAUCCGGGAGGUCUGA